GGUCCAUUAUAAUGCUUAUGGUCCCGUGGUGCAAUGGGUCAUCGGGAACGACACGAAGAUCUACAUGGAGUCGAAAUAUCUUGGUAUUUGCACGUCCACUACUAAUCACUACUAGGUGGGUCAGUUUUCUUGCGGAUCUAUUAAAGGUGUCGAACUUGUGUUUGUAAAUCGGUGUAAUCCAUGCACUGUAAUCUCAGCGUACCCCUCGCUCAUCGCAACAAAUCGCCAUGUUCUGGGUACUUCACCUGUUGUAUUUAAGGCGCGGGGUGUCUUGACUAUCAGCAACUUGAAGUCCAACUGUUUCAAUGGCGUUUAUCACUGUUGCAUGCACCCUUAUCGUCUUGGCCAGCAUCUGGAUCGUGAAGCAACGCUAUCAGGCCGCAAGGCGGUUGCCAUUACCGCCUGGACCGCCUGGACGUUGGCUUUUAGGAAAUACGAUGCCAAAGUCAAAUGCGCCAUUUCAAUUCGCGAGGUGGACAGAGCAAUACGGUCCCGUGUUUUCGCUCAAACAAGGCCAUAGGAUUUUCGUGAUUAUAGGACGUUAUCAGGCUGCGGUGGAUAUCAUGGAAAAAGAAGGCGGAAAUCUCGCCGACCGCCCACGAUCUAUUGCAGUGCAAGAGACAUUAUCUGACGGGAUGAGAAUCGUCCUUGAGGGCAGUGGUGAGAAAUUGCGCCGGCUCCGCAGGUACGCAUAUUGUUUCUACCGGGUGCGAUCAGUGAGACUGAAUGUAAGCAGGGUCUUGCAUGCAGGCUUACAACCCAAGGUUGCGGAGACCUACGAGCCCAUCCAGACUAGGAAUGCGAAGAAUCUGAUUCUAGAUAUCUUAAAUGAUCCAAAGAACCAUCAAGGUCAUGCCAUGCGAGGUGACCCUGAAGUCGUUGCCCUCAACAAGUCUCUUGAGCGUUUUGGUCAAGCCAUGAAGCCGGGAGCAUACCUUGUGGAUGCGUAUCCAAUCCUGCGUUUCAUCCCAGGCUACCUGAACCAGUUGAAGGCAUGGCACCAAGAAGAACUUGCUCUCUUCAACGGGCAGUUGGAUGCGGUGCGAAGACAGAUGGGUGAGGAGACCGCGACGCCAUCAUUCGGGAGGUUCAUUUUAGAGCACCAGAAACAGUAUCAGCUCGAAGACAAGGAAAUGGGAUACAUUGCAGGAGGAAUGUUCGCGGCUGGUUCUGAUACGACUGCAUGUGCAAUCACAAUUAUGAUGAUGGCUGCUACCAUUCACACGGACACACAGGCUCGCGUACAAGAGGAGCUUGAUGACGUUGUGGGGCGUACGCGGCUGCCGACAUUUGAUGAUCAGGAAAUGCUGCCGCAGGUUACCGCGUUCAUGCUGGAGAGUCUGAGGUGGAGACCUGUUGCCCUUGGAGGCUUUGCGCAUCGCGCGAAUAAGGACAUAAUUUGGAAUAACUACCUCAUUCCUGCAGGUGCGACUGUUAUUGGCAACCAUUGGGCUAUCGCAAACGAUCCUGAGGUCUUCCCAGAACCGCAAAAGUUCAAUCCUCAGCGUUGGAUCGACGAUGCAGGUCGUGUACGCAAUGAUCUCCGAUUCUUUACUUUCGGCUUUGGCCGCCGAGUGUGUCCCGGUCAACAUGUCGCAAAUCGGUCUAUGUUCAUCAACACGGCUCUUAUUCUCUGGGCUUUCCGUUUGUCUGAGAACCCUGCAGCAAAGAUUGACACGCUUGCUUUCUCGGAUACUGUGGCCGUACAUCCUGCUCCGUUUGAGAUAUGUUUGGAGAAGAGGAUCGAGGAGAAUCUGAUCAGGGAACUGUGUGCACCUGGGGAGUAA